AUGGGCGCUGCACAGGGGGGCUGCCAUACAAGUACCGAUGGAACGACGGCGGAGACGGUACUGCCUGGGGGUUCUGAGCAGGCAGGAGCAGCGACGGGGGAGCAUGUGACACCGAGGGACGCAGCUGAUGCGGACGGAGGGGUAGGGGAAAACGACGAAGCGGAGAUUGUGUCGGCAGCUGCGACGGGGAAGCCUGUGGUGGCUGAUGCUGACGGGCCUGUAGUGGGGACCGCGGCAGACCCUGCGCCUGCCGGCGGUUCUGCCGCUGCCGUUGACGGCGGCUCAGCUUCACCCGCUGCCACCCCUCGGGCUGCACAGGCAGAGGCUGAGGAGAUGAGGCCGGGCGCGGCCCCUGAGCAGUCCGCUGAGGUGGCGUUGUCUGCGUCGCCUGCGCCGGUAACGGCGGCGGCACUGGCGGCGGCGGUGUCCGCGGCGAUUGGGGAACACGGCGACGCCCCGGCGGAGGAAGGCGCGACGACUGCCGCGGCUUGCGCCGGAACGCCUGUUGCUGUCGUGGCCGUAAGCAGGCAGGAGCACGGCCAGGCGGAGGGAGAGGCUCCGGGACCCGCAAGCGGCGCUUCUUCCGGCGCUGCACGUUCGAGGGCAAUCGCCAUCAGAGCGAGUGCAUCGGUCGUCAUCGUCGAACCUGCAGGAGGUGCGCGAGGUGGCCGAUCCUGGAAGCUGCCAGCCAGGAAUCACCCGGGGUGCUCCUGCACCCAACGCGACACCAACGACGACAGCGCACGCUGUGGCGCCCAACACAACGAACGCCGUCGCGAACAACACCCGCCGCGCGACACGACGAACGGCAAUAACCUGGGGACCGCCCCGGGGAGGCCGGACACCGUGGUUACCAGCGGGACGUGGUGCGAUGGGCGGGGGGACGAGAGCGCCAACAGGCGGGGGGCGGACUCAGCGGGGGUUCGGUGCACGGGGAGCGCGCGGAGGACGUGGGGGAAGGGCACUGGUGGGGGGGUCUGA